AUUGGUUGCGCCUUUUCCAUUUAAAUGAUUGAAGAGAUACAAAGAAGCGUCUUCAGUUACAGACGCACAAACGCAUGAACUAGAUUGAGGAGGCAUCUCAACUUCAUUCAGACAGCGAUUACAGCCAGAGGUCAAAUGGUUCAGAGACCUUUAAUAUGUUUGAGUCUUUGGAUGCUGCUGGUGUGCAUGUUGGCUGUGUGUGAUGAAGCGGAUGCUUUCUUUGAAUGGAUGAAGAAGGCGGCACCAGCUCCGGCCCUGGUGCCUCCAGCUGUGCCCACUAAUCCGACUGCCCUCUCUGGUGAUGCUCCAACAUUUGAGAUGAAUGUUGCUGAUGAGAAGCUACUGGCUGAGGCGAAACUGAUUGAUAUGAGUCCUCUUGACAACUGCCAUUUUAGGGUUGUCACUCAGCUCAAAGCUACCUGCAGCGGCCUUUCAGAAGAACAACUGGCAAAACUGGGUGUGGCUUUGUUCAACUGCCAAUCAGAAGUAGAAGGACGCAGGACUUUCCUGUGCACGGAGGAAAUGUCCAUUAAAGAGUGCACAGCUGACAUGGAUUCAGAUACAUGGAACGCGUACCACAUCGUCAGCAACCGUGCACGCUCGGUGUGUUAUGCCACACGUCAGCAGCAGUUUCGAAGGCAGACCGAGCUUACUGUGAAUGCCCUCAUCUCAACAGCAACAAACCAGCUGGAUGCUAUGAAAGACCUGAAGGAAGGUCAGCGUGAACUACGAGACAUGACCGCUGCAUCACUGGACAGGCUGUUGGAAGGACACAGUGCUCUACAGCUCCAGCAGGGGGCACUAAAGGAGGGCCAGGAGCAGUUGGAUGCGUCAAUCUCGGGCAACUUGCAGAGAUUGGCCCAGGAGAAGGCUCUGAUCAGCACUGGGCAGCAGCUGGUGGCACAGCUUAUCCGGGGAAUUACACAGAGAAUAGAGAACGUCAGUGAGCAGUUGAAAGGUCAAGGUACAGAUGUGCAGGAAGGUCAUCAGGCUAUUCUGAAUGACCUGGCUGAAGUCAGAGGGCGUGCACAAGAGAUCUACAGUAAAAUGGAGCUUAAUUUGAAUGGAGUCCUCCAGCAGCAGAACACUACAGUUCAGUUCUAUUCAGAACUCAUGAGAAAGCUGGAGCGCAUGAACAGCACUCUGGGAUACAUGCUGACCUACCUGGACAGCAUGCAGAGCCGGCUGGAGGAUAGACUACAUAUGAUCCAAGGAUAUCUAGGAUGGGCUGGUCUGAGUCUGCGUGCCGUUUGGGUGUGUGUGAUGCACAGUGGAUAUUUCCUGUUCUCUGCAGUCCUGCUGUCGUUUUUGCAGUGUCCCACAUUCUCCCGUGUCUCCCUGCUCAUCACUGUGCCAGUCAACGCCAUCGCUGAGGUCAAUCAGCAGGCAGCUCUCGACCUGGUCACGCUCUCUCUGCUCCUCUUCACACUCUCACUGGCACGUUGGUUUGUGCUGCAGUUGUUGUGGGCCUUGUCUAACCUGAAGGGCCAGAAGUGCAGCGACGGUGUUCAUGCUGCUCUUUCAGCUCCUCCAACUGAUAAGACUCCUGAAAAAUCAACAAAACCUGCCUACAGUCCAGCAACCACCUCAACACCUCUAGAAGACCUGGACUGUGAUUUGGAUUCUGAGGUGCCAUGUCUAGGUCAAGACAGCUUUAUGACUGGAGAUCCGUGUAUGGUGGCUUUAUCUCCACACCAUGCUUAUGGACUACCCAGCCAUGGGCGUCUUUCUGGCACCCCAAGUCAUUCUACCCCCAGACUGAAGAUUCGACAUAACCUUGGAGAACCUGUUCUAGAGCGCAUUACCCAGAGGAACCUGGGCGGUAUCUUGGAUAUCGUCAGCCAGUCCCAGAGCUCCAGCCCCAAUCAGUCAAUUGCCAGCAACAGCUCUUUCUCAGGCCGUCCUCUGUGUAUUGGCAUCACCAGGCUGGGACAACGAUGUAAGAAGAGGUCACUGGCAGGUCAGGACUUCUGUAGGAUCCAUGAAGGGGGACACAGCUCCUACAGUCACCUGUAAAAGUGUGCAGCACUCCACCGUGCAUCGUUCCACUGCUUCCUGUAGUGCCAGCGAGUGUAUUGUGUGUCGUGUUUUCACCAAUAUCAGCACUUCACGUGUUUUUAACAUUGUCAUUAUGUCCUGUUUUUAGUCAUCCUCUUUUAUGAAUAUAAAUCAUUUGUCAAAUUUGUAACUGUAAUAAAUUAUUACAAAGUAUAAUUUGCCUUGUAAAUGUCUUGAAAUCAAAGUUGUAUGAUUACAGAAAAUUUUUAAACAUGGGUUUUAUCAGAAUUUACAGUAAAAUAUAUUAUU